CCUACGCGUACCCAUGCUCCAACCCAUGCCCAACCCCCGGUCAUCUCAUGACCCACACACAAAACUUAUGAACAACACCUCCGUAGUUUAGAUAAAUAUCUUUGUGAUGGUUGGUUCCUGGUGUCCGAGGAGGAGAAGGUGUGCACGUGACAUUUAACUUCAACAUCGGCACAGUAAUAACAUUUCCCCGUCUUCCCCCCCCAAAACGUCCCAACAUCCCAACAUCCCACAACCAAACAACACGUGCUUGAACUGGGCUUAAUUAUGUAGGAUUAUGCCGUCUCUACCAUUUUUCAUCUCGUCGUCAUAAGCAUUUUAAACCCAUUUAACCUUCUUCAGGGGCCUGUCAAGGGCUGCCCAGGAUGCUUUGUUUCUGAUCCAUCAAGCGAGGAGUCAAAGUGCUUCAUGUAUGUUUCAUUCACGCCAGUAUUGGCGCGUCUGAGACGCCAUAGCCCUCAUCCCCCCCUCACACAUCCGCCAUCCGUCCUUAGCGCUGAUCAACAAGCCUAUCUCCCCAUUUCCUUACUCUCACUGUUGCUCGUCUUCUCUUCUCCUCACGAACAUGUUUAUGGCCUCAUUUUGACCGGCCUGUGUGCCUUUUUCCAUUUCUCUGCUGUUAUCGUACUUCACUUCUCACAUAGCGACUGGUCGCUCUUUCUUUUUUCAUCAUGUCCCUGCCGGCAGGGCGGGUUAUCACGACUCGUGAUGGGAAGCGAUACACUGCGGUCUCGAAGACGAUCAAGAGCAGUUCGAAAACGAGCACUAAGGCGGCAACAACAACCCAGAGUUCGGGCAACAACAGUAUUAACGACGGCAAUAACAACGACAAUAACGACUCUAAUGAUAAGAGCACUGGUGUGGCCACAACAACGGUGAACCCCGCAGCGAGUGUUGUACUAGGCUCUUCCACGACAAUUCAAGAAGAUGCUCCAGCAACAACGACAUCGGAUCCACCAGCAACAACAGAUCCAGUUGUCGAGAUGCCGAGUGGCACAGUGGCUCUGCCCACCACAACGCCAAUAGCGGAGAUACAUCCAGCGGCAGUUGCGAGUCAAUUUGGCAUCACAACAUCGACUUCGAUAUCGACGCCAACGCCGACUCCAACUCAAUCAGCGCAGCCGCAAGCAGUACAGCCGGACCCAAAGUCUGUGACGAUUAUUGUAUCUGAUACGACGGUAUCUGAUACAACAUCUGAUAUAUCAUCAGAACCAAUUUCGACCACACCACCCGCGGCAGACUCUGCAGAGAGCGAUAUUGCUAUCCCCACCGACUUAGUGGUCCCGUCCUCGACCAACAAUGAACAGCUGAUAGCCGUCAUCCCGACAGUCUCAACGGAUACUCCCACUCCCUCAGGGCCCGGUUCAGCUGCCGAGUCCGCAACACUCGAAAGUUCCAGCCAAACCGGACAAGUCGCCAUCGGUCACCUAGUCGGCGGCAUCGUCGGCGGCCUCUCCUUCGCCGCCCUCCUCGGCUGCCUCUGGCUCUACUUCAUGCGCCGCCGCCGCCGCCGCGACACCCUCCUCACCCCUAUCUGGGUGCAAUCCGAAAAGGGCCCCCCAACAGCCUACUACGAGAUCGACAACUCCUCCGUCGGCCCCACCUCCCUCGGCACCAAAUGGAAAACCAAAGCCGCCUCGCGCUACCACGGCGUCGUCGGCGGCUUCACCGCGCUCUCCUCCAAGAUGGACCACAAGCCCAGCCCAAGCGUCAACCUCAACCGGGGGAAUUCCCAAUUCCUCGCCCCCUCCUUCUCAACCCACAGCCACUCCUCCGUAUCUCACCCCCCAAGCGCUCUCACCCGCCGCGAGCGCGCAAGGGAUUGGUGGGACCGCCUCACCGCUGACGCGGUCUUCAACUGGGCACUCUCCCGCCACACCAGGCCCACCACCGCCGACCCGCCCUCGCACUUCACGCGCUCGCGCACCGCGUCGCCGUCCUCGCGACAUCCGUCACAGGAUCUAACCCGGUACCUGGCCUCCAAAGACCGCGAGAUGCGCGAUGCCGGCGCAGCCGCGGGUUUACCGCCCGAUCACCGCCGCUCUAUUUCCCUCCCGCCACCUACACGCUCGCGCGAGGACCUCGGGGAUGGGAGUCUCGGGAUCGAUUUCUCGGAUGCGGGGAACCCGUUCCCGAACCCGACGGCCGCGGCACCUACGGUUGCUACACGCACAUUAGCACCUAACCCCUUCGCUGAUCACUCGACCGCCGCGGCGGAGGUGUCACGCCCGCAGCCGUCGGUGGGGACGACUUAUGUCGCUGAUGUCAGGAGGAGUAGGGGACAGAGCUUCAGUACACCCCGCCAUCCAAGUAUCCGCACCAGUCGUGAGAGAAGUAGAGAUAGGGAUACGAUGCUCAGUAGCGCCACGACCAACACGCGCCGCGGAAAGGGGAGGAGCGAUCCAUUCGAUCUCGAGCCGGAGAUACUACGCGGUGUAGGUGCGGGGACGAGGGGGAGCGUGUUGAGUGACGUGGAGGGGUUGCCUAGUUCGGCGGGGGGUUCGUUGAAGUGGGGGGUGGCGGGUGGGGGGGGGGAGAUUCCGGGUGCUGGGGUUGGGGUUGGGGGAGGAGAGGAGAAGGUGUUGGGGGUUGGGUUGAAUCAUGAGAGUUGGACGAGUAGGUAUAGUGGUGGGAGUUGGACGAGUAGGUAUAGUCGUGGGAGUAGUGCGGGGUUUAGUGGUUGGGGGGAUCCGGGACCGGAUUUGGGGCCGAGAGGGGGGUAUGGGGGUGUGGGGACGGGGGUGGGGGUGGGGACUGCGAUGUGA